AUGCGCAAUAAGAGCAUGACUGCACACGAUGGAUGGUAUGUAUUCAGGGGUGACAGUGAAAGCAAAUCGGAUAUGAUAUUUACCACAAAAAAACAUUGCGUGAUCCAGCUGUUUAAGAGUGAUGUAGAUGUGUUCUUGGCAAACAAAACCAGUAGUAAAAAUGUUUGUGAUUUCAAGGUCGAAGGAAGCUGGUCCAAGAGAAACUGCACUAUUUAUAUGGGAGAUACUUCAACCACAAUAGCCCAAAUGUCCAAAAUGCAGUCAUCGGAGAAUAUUAUAAAGUUCGUUAAUGAGAAAUUCAAGGUGACCAUUUCUCCCAAUGUGGACUUUGCGUUUGUGAUCACAAUGAUAGCAAUUGUUGAGGCUAUGGAAAACUCUGACAAAAAAGUAAAGGUGCUGUGCAAGUUGUUGGAGGUGUGGCUGACGUUGUUGGCACAAUACUCCUUUUAUAGUCAUAUUAGUUGCGUUCUCUACUCCUAA